AUGCGCCACCGGUUUUCCUCGCAGACCCCCACUGGAAAGCUCCGCAGGCAGAAUCAAAGCAAACUGCCACAGGGUCUCAGACACAGAGAAAGUAGCAGUAGCUGGCUGUGCCAGAGCCCCUACAUUGGCGGCCCCUCAAAGGGCGCACCCCAACUCCCCAGCCCUUCCAUCACUUUCAGCGACUCCUCAGCCAGCCUCACCCAGAGGAAAGCCAAGGCUCUUGGUCCCGAGUUUAUCAGGAUGGCUGACGAACCUCAGGUAGUUCUGGAGCUACCCGGAUCCAUAGUGUCUAAGAAGGGCAGGUCUUGUUCGUCGCAGAGAGAGGUCAGUGUGGUGUUGCCCAGUGGUCAGUCUGUAUUGGUCAGAUGUGACAUAAAGUCCAGAGGGAGGGACGUGUUCGACAUGGUGGUGGCUCACGCUAACCUGGUAGAGCACUUCUACUUCGGACUGGCCUUCAUCGACGAUGAUGAAUAUUUCUUCUUGGACCACGAGACGAAAAUCUCUAAAGUUGCUCCUGACAGUUGGAAGAAAGUGGUGUCGACCUCUUUUCUUGUUUUUCUACGGAUCAAGUUUUUUGUUGAUGAUAUCUCCUUCAUAUUACACAGGGUGACUCGUCACCAGUACUACUUGCAGCUGCGGAAGGAUAUCCUAGAGGACAGGUUGUACUGCAACGAGGAGACAGGCAUGUUCCUGGCAGCUCUCGCUCUACAGGCUGAGUUUGGGGACUACAUGUCUGAGUUGUAUGGCAAGAACUACUACCAGCUGGAGCAGUAUGUGUCUAAGAAGAUGCUGGAGAAGAUGGCUCUGCCCACUCUAAAGGAGGAGUUGCCACGAUUACAUGCCAACAAUACCCAGAUGCUGCCAGAGGAGGCAGAAACCGAGUACCUAAAAAUUGCCCAGCAGCUUCCAGAGUAUGGGAUGGUGUUCCAUCGGGUAGGCCGGGAGAAGAAGCCUGUGGUGGGGGAGCUGGUGCUGGGAGUCUGUGCCACAGGAAUCAUCAUCUACGAGUUGAAAAACCACCUCCGCACUGUCACACGGCGAUUCCUCUGGAAGGAGACCGAUACCAUCUCCGCCAACCAUCGUAAACUGACCAUAGAGUGUGGUGGUCCCAGUGGUAAGAAGCACAUCUUUGUGACAGAGAGUUCUAAGAUUGCCCAGUACCUCGUCAGUCUCUGCUCCGGGCAGCACAAGUUCCACAGCGAGAUGAGUUCCAGGCAACUCAGCCACAGCAUUGCUCAAGAUGAGAACAUUGAGAGGUACCAGUCUAUCUGUCGGACGCGCGACUCCCGUAUGAAGCGUCUUUCAUGUUCUGAGGUCGUCCUGAACAACCUCGGCCACCGCGAGUCGUUAAGUAAGUCGUGUGAUGAAAUCACGGCGAAGGUGGAGGCGCGUCUAAGGCAACAGAGAGAGUUGAGGGAGAUGAACAGAGAUCUACCCGAGCCAUGCCCACUGUCAGAGAUGAAGGAACAGCAGGCCUGGAGUACUCCAGAGCCCAUCCCCAGAAUCAUGUCCAGUCCCUCGCUACAGAAACAUGACUCUGAGGGCUUCUCAGAUGCCCCCUCCACAACCUCCUCCAUACGAGUAGACACUCCAACCAGGGGUUCUCCAGAGAGAGAGAUCAUCUGUCUGGUCCUAAGGAAAGACCCUAAACUGGGCUUUGGGUUUGUGAUAGUGGGGGAGAACAACACAGGGAAACUGGGCCUGGGAAUCUUCAUAGCCUCCAUCGUACCUGACGGACCAGCAGACAGAGAUGGCAGAAUCAGACCAGGUGGUUGUCUGAUCUCUCUAAAUAAGAUCAGUCUGGAGGGCGUCACGUUCACUGACGCAGCAGCCAUCCUCCAGAGCUGCCCUGAUGAGGUGGAGCUCAUCGUCUCACAGCCCAAAUAUUCUCUGAGGGACAGUAAGACUUCUCUGGCCCCCAGUACUCUGAAUCUGAUGUUGGAGAGGGGCAUUGGGUCCCAGACCACCUUGAGUGGAACAGAAUUCCAUCCGGCCAUGGAGGAGCUGGAGGAAGCACUGGCUCUGUCCAACAUGGCUACACCUAAACAUGGCAAGAGACUCCACAUCCCUGUGGUCCGGAUCCUGGAUGCUCAGGAUGUGUGUUCCAGGUCUCCCUCUAUCUGCAGUCUGAGAGCCGGGGAACAGCUGGUUGUGGAGCUGAAGAAGGCUAACGGCAACCUGGGCAUAAGUGUAGCUGGUGGAGUGAACACCUGUGUUCGUUACGGGGGGAUAUACAUCAAGAGUUUGGUGCCAGGGGCCGCUGCUGAGCAGGACGGACGCAUUCAGAUAGGUGACCGACUGCUGGAAGUUGAUGGGUCCAACCUACGAGAUGUAACACACAAACAGGCCGUGGAAUGCCGACUGCUGGAAGUUGAUGGGUCCAACCUACGAGAUGUAACACACAAACAGGCCGUGGAAUGCCUGAUGAAGACUGGAGAGGUGGUGAGUCUGCUUCUAGAGAGGCAGCCCCAGGUGGUGUUGGAGGCGGGAGCAAAUCGCCCCCGCUCAGCUUCACAGAGCCAAUCAGGAAGCCUCAGGAGAGACAGCUCCAUGGAGAUGACCUUGAGUGGCAAGACCAAGGACUACAGCUUUGUCACUGAUAACAACACUCUGAAGGUGCUGUUGAAGAAGAGUCUGUGUGGUUUGGGCUUCAGCUUCUACAUCAGUGAGUUGAACAGUGGUUCUGACCAGGGCAGCAGUGUGGUGCGGAUCAAAACUCUUUUCCAGGGUCAACCAGCCAAGGAGUCAGGACAGAUCAGAGAAGGAGACGUCAUAUUGGCUGUUAAUGGACAGUGGGUCAAAGGCCUCAGCUACCAGAGGGUGUUGUUCCUGCUCCGUGGGCCUCCAUCUGAGGUCCACCUGACGCUCUGCAGACCUUCUCUUGGAGUACUGUCUCAACUGGACGCUGACACACUGGUUCCUUUCUUGUCUCCAAACCGUGGGGUGAGGUCCAAGUCUCUAGACAUCAGGUUAGGGGAAGAUUAUAGCCAGCUACUCAAGUUACAGGCACACCAGAACCACCAGUACAACCAGGAAAACCAGGCCCAGAAGGGGCCAAUGCAGCCAUCACAAGUCCAGGACCAAGCCUCCAGGCAGGCCAGCCAAACAGCCAAAUCCCCUGAGCCCUCUGGAGGUCCGAAGACUCAACAGAGUCAGGAUAGUCAAGACAGCGAGAUGGACGUAGCCGAGAACCAGCCCUCCUCACCCUCUCCCACCCCUCCCUCACCCCCUUCCCCCAUCUCCCUCGCCAGCAGAAGUGACGCAGGAGACAGUGAAGAGUUGUCGGUUGUGGACGAGGAAGUCUCCGAAGAAAUUAGCUUGGCAUCUGUCGGGUCCAAGACCAGUGCUAGUCCCGUGUACCCCAGUGGCAUCAGAGAAGAGGCGGACGGCAGUUUGACAUACUGCCUUAUGGGUGAUGGAAUAACCAUUCUGGCUGAUAAAGAGUACUUGACCAUCAGUUCGACUUCGGACAGUCCCUCUAGCCUCACCUCAAACACCUCAUGUACCCCCAGUGUGGCUCCACACACUACCUCUUAUACCCCCAGGACCAGAUCCACCACCCCUACUAGUUUCCAAUCCACCUCCCCCAAUAGUACUUCCAUCCCCCACAGCUUGUCCUCGCAAACUACAAGCACAACAAACCACAAUUUGUCCUCGCAAACCACCUCUGUCCAUCAGACACCAUCUCAGCCUUCCUCUAGGCCUACAUCCAACCUUUCCUCUAGGAUGUCUGACCUCAACAUCAGCCCAUCGGUGCAUCCUCCCCAGCCCCAGCAUGCUACACCUCCUCCUCCUCCCAGCCUCUCCUUCCAUACCUCCAACCCCAACUCCAGGACCUCUGAUCGCAAACACAGCAUCCCCUCAGAUCGCAAGUACAGCAUCACCUCCGAUCGUAAACACAGCAUCACCUUCAAGACUACCAAUGCCUCCAACAUCACUAGUUCAGUCGUCCAAUACCAUCCCCAGCCCCCUGACACCUUUCCCCCCUCGCCACCCCCCGCACGCCACCUCUCUCCCAAGCCUCCCCUGUCCUCACUCUCUCCCCCCAUUCAGGCUGCACCUCUCCCACACCCUACCUGGAGACAGGAAACCGAAGGGGAGGAGGAUGAAGAUGAGGAUGAGGAAGAUCCCAGAAAAGGCAUGAUGAAGGAAUUUGAGAUGUGUGUGGUUCUGACCAAGUCGUGGAGCGGUAGUUUUGGGUUCACCAUCACACGCAGCAAACUGGAUGCCUGCUACUACAUUCAGGACAUACUGGACAACCCUGCUAAGACUGACGGACGGCUCAGACCAGGGGACAGACUAGUCACGGUCAACGGCCAGGAUGUGACGAAUGUGACAGAUGAGGUUGCCAUGUCGAUCCUGAGGUCGUCUCCUAGGAGACUGAGUUUGAUCCUGGGGAGGGCGGUGACCAACCUGAUAGCUCCGCCUUUUCCAGACAACCUGCAAGACAUCAUACUGCACAAGACACCCACUGGACAGCUUGGUAUAAAGCUGACAGGUGGUAUAGGCAGCAAGUGGCAGGGGAUCUACUGUCUGGAGGUGGUUCCUGGUUCACCUGCCUGUGAGGAAGGCAGCGUCCAACCAAACGACAGGAUCCUGUACAUCUGUGGCCGAUGCACCAUGGGAAUGACUCUGGAGGACGCUGUCAAGGCAUGCGAGAACGCUCCACGCAAAGUGAAACUCAAGGCCACCAGAGAUGACCAGCCUGUGACUCCCAAAGCCAAGAGGAAUGCUAAAACCGUGCCCGAGACCACUGGGAAAUUCAGACCACCUCUCUCUCUCACCUCCGAUCAAGACAGCUGUAUCUUGCAGAUAGAUGUGUGUAAGCCAGAGAGAGGGGGGCUGGGCUUUGCUCUGAUUGGAGGAUGCAACGGAAGCACGCUCAGGGUGAAGGAGAUCUGCGCUGGAGGCGUGGCCCAGCAGGAUGGGCGGCUCAGAGUGGGAGACAUACUGCUCGAGGUGAAUGGUAUAAUAGUAUCAGGUCUGAGCCACAGUAAGGUGGUGGAUAUCCUCCGUAAGGCUGAGGGAAACGUCCAGCUCACCAUCUGUAGAGACAUCAUACCACGGGCAAACACAGCAUCCUGCGCUGAUGCAUCCUUCUCUAUGGUCUUCCCUGGAGACAAUAUGGCCAUCUGUCCUGGAUCCAAUAUGGCCUCUUGUCCUGGAUCAAAGAUGGCCCCUUGUCCUGGAUCAAAUAUGGCCUCCUGCCCUGAAGUCAACAUGGCUACCAGCACUGGAACAAAUAUGGCCUCGUAUCCUGGAUCACAUAUGGCCACCUGCACUAGAGACAACAUGGCCUCCUGCACUGGAUCAAAUGUGGCAGUCUACAUCGAAGCCCAUAUGGCGGACAAAGCCAAGCCUUUCUCCAACCCUUCUGCCUGCUCCUCAAAUGAUGUCCAGCAGGAGGACCAUCCCCCUGAGGAGACUUCAGAUCCAGUACCUGAUGUAGAGAAGGGCAUUAUCCCACUUUCUCCCCCCCACCCCUCACUCCGCCUGCAGGCCCUGACAGAGGAGGACAUGGCUGGACAGGAGAGCUGUAACAGUACACCCUCUCAUCUGGCUUGCUGCCUGUCCAGCAAGAGUAUGACUGACUUGCUCCAUGAAGCCUCGGACAGGAACCAAAUCCCUGUGACGCCAUUGGACGAAACCAUGAUGGGCAGCAAGAACAGCCAAUCAGACGGCUGGAGCAGCGAGGAUGAGGAUGAUGAGACAUUUGAAGCUAAUGGUCAUGAGACCAUGUCACCCUUCUCAGGUCCACCUAUAGUAUCAGAAGAAGAGUUGGUCAGCCUAGCCAUGAUCAGUCCAGCUAAGACCAGUCAAUACGCUGGGUCCAGAGUGAAAGCCCUCAUACAGAUACUACAACAUCAACUAGACCAGCAAGAACUGGUCCGAGAGUUCAUGGCCUUGGAGCAUCUAAAGCCGUCUGAUAACUGUCUGGUGGGGAAAGCUCCGGAGAACCGGGAGAAGAACCGCUACCGGGACAUCCUGCCCUAUGAUAAGACGCGUGUUCCAGUGGGUGAUAAUCAGGACUAUAUUAAUGCCAGUUAUAUCCAUAUGGAGGUUGGCAGUGAUGAGUUCAUCUAUAUCUCCUGCCAGGGUCCUCUGCCCUCCACCGUGCCCGACUUCUGGCAGAUGGUCUGGGAGAACAGGUCUGAUGUGAUAGCCAUGAUGACCCAGGAGGUGGAGAGAGGCAGGGUGAAGUGUCACCGCUACUGGCCAGAGAGGGUGAGCUGUCCCCUAGACACGGGACGCUUCCAGCUCAGCCUGGAGAACCAGCAGAUCAUGGAAUACUUCCACAUCAAGAUCAUCCGCAUGGUGGAGAAAGAGUCUGGGGAGACCCACUUUGUCCGUCACCUGAAGUUUAUCCGUUGGCCUGACCACGGUGUGCCGCAGUGUUCAGAGCAGCUGGUCAGAUUUAUCCGCUACCUCCGAGCGGUCCACCAUAAAGGACCUGUUACUGUUCACUGUAGUGCUGGGAUAGGACGAACAGGAGUACUGAUCUGCACCGAUGUCAUCCUGAGUCUCAUAGAGAACGAUCUCCCGAUCAACAUCAGUAACAUUGUGAGGGAGAUGAGACUGCAGCGAUACGGCAUGAUUCAGACCAAGGAACAGUACCUGUUCUGCUACAAGGUAUGGUUGGAGGUUCUACAUCACAUCCUGCAGCUGCACGGUAACCAAUGGCAACCAGAGAGCCCCCGCGAACUUAAUAUGAGCCCUCGCGCACACAGUAACCGAUGGCAACCUGAGAACCCCUGUGAAGAUAAUCAAUUUGUUUGACCAGUUACUUGCCCCCCCCCGUUAGCAGUUGAUUUUGUUAUGAACACUGUAUAUGUAUAUGUUUUAGCCAAUUCCUUUGUUUGUUUGAUGUCAUGCCAAACAUGACUAUUCAGAGUUGGCUAAAGCACAUAUAAAUGGGAAGACCAAGCUACAGUAUGUUUCUGCAGGGUUUUGAUAUUUGGGUUAUGAAUGUAUUGAUGUAGGUAGACAUUUUUACAGUUGGUUCUUUUGUGUUUUUUCUAGAUGACAGUGGCUGAUGAAAAACUUAACUGAAAUGAGAGAUACUGUGAUUAUAGUAUUGGUUUGAGUUAGAUCAAUGAUAUGACAGCCUUUAUGGGUUUAGUGAUUGCCUUCUGUGUUAAGUUAGGAGUGUUUUGGUUGUGGGAUUUUUGAAGGGUAUUACUAUUUAAAUUGUUAUAUUUAAUCUUUCCAUAUUUUAUUUUAGUAACUUAAUGUAUAUAUAUUUUCACAAUUGUACUGCAUGCAUAAUAUCAAUUAUAACCUAAAUACAUUUAAUAGCACCACAGCACAUCACUAACCAAUGAUGUCACUGCUAAUUGCAAUGCACAGUGUAAGGUGUAUUAUACCAAAAUGUAUAUUAGAAUAUCUUUAAAUAUGUAGCUAAUAUAUAGAGUUUAUGAAAUAUUGUGUUUAAAUAUUGUGAAAUAAGUGCAUGUAAAUCAUUUGAGUUUUGUCCAUGACUGAAACCAGAAGUGAAUAGAAUCAAGUGCCUUGGAAAGACUUGCAGCUUUAUGUCACACUGAUUAAUAAUAGUUAUGUAGUGUGAAUCCAAACAUGCGAUCUUGCAGUGCGAAGAGACUCAUAUUUUGUUUGUUUCACCUCCGGAAACCUGAAAACCAGGUUUGAUUGAACAGGACCCUGAGUACACAUGCUCUGUGUGAUUCUGUAAGGAAUCUCUGUCUGAUACUUUCACAGGUUUUUGUUCAUAUCUUGUUGUCCCACAACUUGGAUUCACUGUAUGUGAGUUCUGCAGUACAAUAGUAGUGAAACUAUCUUCAAUUUGCAGUCUGUCUACAACCACUGAACAAGUGCUUAGGGGUUUGAAAUGUAAUGACAGUCAAAUGCACAAAAAUAUACUGUAUUUCUUAUUACAUUUUAGUCAUUUAGCAGACACUCUUAU